AUGAUCAUUUGUAUAGUGUCCCUUGAGAAAGCAACAAUUUGAGGAUUAUUGGCCAUGAAAAUGAAAGUGUUUGUUUUAUUAGCAUGUGUGACGCUCUGUGCUGGUGUACCUACGGAUAAUGAACCUAGAAACAUAUGGGGCGAUGAGAUUAUGGACGUCACCGACUUUUCGGUUUAUUACGAUGUCAAAACAAAUAAGACGAUAAAGAAUAUAAUGCCAAGGCCGUGGUACAGGCCUGGCUGGAGUCUCCGGCUGCCGUUCUCUGGUGGGCCCUGCGAGUGUGAGGAGACGAGGUGUGUUUGCUGCACUGGAAUACGGAUACAGACUUUCAACUUUGACAGGCGAACAUGUGCAAUUUUGACGUAUGAGCCAGAAGAUUCCACCAUCGACAUAGAAGCUAAGUUCAACGACGUUACCGUCAUGAAAAACACUUAUUCAACGCGGAACCCACCACCAUUCUGCAUACCAAUACCGAUACCAUAUUUGCCGCCCGGCCUAGUGGAUACUUGCAUCAGGAUUUUUGAUAUCAGCAUCGUGGAUGAAAAACUACACGCUUGCUUGGACAUGGACACGAGGAUUGAUAAAGCUCCAAUUGUGAUUCUGCACUUUGACUGCAUGGACAUGGGAUUCAGUGGCAUCAGUCUAUCCAAGCCUGGAGGCAGCGGGUCUGAUACCGAAGCCGCUAGUGAAACUCAACAGAACAGUGAUGUUUUCGAUGAUGUGAUUGACAACGCAGUUACUACAGAAAAGAUCAAUAGUAUAAGAUAUAUUUAA